AUGAAACAGUGGAGAAGACGUUCAACUGGAAAGCCACAACAGGAAAUUGUGGGCGAGGGUUACGGAUACCAGGCCAGCUUGUUGAAGACCAUCUGGAUGGUAUUGAUCGUCAGUACAGCCUCACUCUACAUAGCUCAGAACUGGUUUUGUCUUACGGGAGGUCUAACUGGUAAUGGAGAAGAAACCUCGAGAAAUACCGAAAACAUACAAAUACUGGAUUUGAAGACCGUGUCACGUACUGCUAAGAAAACUCUCAAUACCUUAAAGAAAUCGAAAGACUGUACAUUUCUGACCUAUGAAAAACAGCAUGAGUUAGGAUUUUCGGUGACGAGUGCAAUCCCGCGAAAUUCUGAGAGCAGGAAGAUGAUUGGCUAUCUCUACGCCAUUUCAAACAGAGCGGGAUUCAUAUUUGAAACGGACUGUGAUAUAAUUCCCAAAUUCAACAAAAUAGAUUUUAUUUUCUCCGCACACACCGCAGGACUAGUCUUUACUGGCAGUCGUGUGUUCAACCCAUAUCGUCAUUUUGGCUAUCCGAUGUUAUUUCCGCGUGGAUAUCCCCCCAAUAUGGUGAACAGCAGGACUCAUAACAAGUAUUAUAUUGCGGAGAUGUCGCCACCUCUCAUUCAGCAGGCACAGGUCAACUUUGUUCUCCGGAAAUACGACUUGACGUCACUGCAUCUGUCGGGUUCACAGAACGUUUCUUUUGAUAGGUCCUCUCCUCCUGUAUUUCUGUCAGGUGACACAUUUGCUCCAAUCAACGCUCUCAAUACAUUGUUUUCGUACAAGGCUCUCUGGCUCCUUGCUCUUCCAACCGAUUGUAAAUACGCGAACUGUGAUACAGUGCGAGGUUACUGGGCACAGCGACUGGUUCAGGAAGUAGGUGGCACCACCGGUUUCCUGUCGUCCACGGCAUAUUCUUUACGAGAGCAGACUGUCAGUAAAGGGUUUGUCGUCAAACGAGUUUCUUCCAGCGCGUUAACAGAACAGCUUGUUGAGUUAAUACGUCAGUGGACCUGCUCGUUAGAAGUCCCUGUAUUCCAGUGUGCGCGGAUGCUGUAUAACAGACUGUUGGAAAAACAGUACGUGAGUGCAAAUGAUGUGAAGCUUUUCGAUCUGUGGAUUGCAGAUUUGAAGAGUCUAGGAUACACUGAGCCAGAUCACAAACGUCGUCCUUCAGUUGAUGCUAGCUCGUACUGGAACCCGCCCGUCAUUUACUCGUCACCUAAAUCUUUGAUUUCCAGUGUUCACCUUGGUAAGAGAGACAAAACAGACGCUGUGACAUCGUAUCUUAUUGAACCGAUGGGAAAGCUGUGUCCAGGACAACAUAUUAGUGUAAAGCAAUGGUUAUCUCCACCCAUCCAGGACAUAAUGUUAUUAGUGAUUUUCAAUUACGAUUUUCUCUUUCAGAAUAUUCCUUAUAUUGAGUUUACACACAGGAGAUAUUUUCGACAUAUUCUGUAUUGUGGACCUAAAAUAGCCUCUUUUGAAGAGAUUGUGAAGAAAUUUAAAGUCGAACAUUUUAUAUUCGUGGAAGGGUUGGACGCCGACCAGUGGUUCUAUCUGUACACUUGCAUGACGCACGCAGCCACCAUGAGUAUCAACGUGAAAGGUUAUCUACACGUUGGAGAUGACAUUCUGCUCAAUUCGUGGAACAUACUUGACUUACCACGCGACCACGUAUGGAUGCAGCACCCGUUCACCAAGAUAGACCGUCAGCAGGCAAAACACAAAUGGUGGUAUUACUGGAAUAAACCUCAAGGUCGCACUGCGGUCAAUCGCGCCCUGGAUGAAAUUCAACACAUCGCCAAAACAAACCCUGAUGACGAAAUCGCUAAGAAAUUUAUUGCAAUGUAUGACGUUAAUGUCGGACUGCAGAAUGUUAUCCAUCGAUCAGUCGAUAUAUUUUACCUCCCAAGUCGGUUUGGUAAAGAUUUCGUGUAUCUGGCUAAAAUAUUCCGGAAACACGAUGUCCUGUUGGCCUUGGCCGUCACUUGCAUACACGCAGGAUUGGAACGGCUUGAUCACGUGAUCAACCUACUCGGGAAGAGCUUGUGGAAGGACAAACGGGAGUCGGUGUGGACACAUUUCAACACAUCCCAUCAUUAUCUGCACCCGUUCAAGGCCGGCAAAGAUCUGAAGGAAGAACCUGGACAACGUUUCUAUUGUGAUCAGUAUCUGAAAACAUCACAACAGAGCUGUAAAACAAAUGGUGUCUCUUGUACAUCAUACUGUAAGUGUAUGAGACAAGAGACAUGUCACAAUCCCAAUACGAGUCAUGACGGUCUAGAAAUUAAUGAUGAUGAUGACGAUGACGACGAUGAUGACUGUAAUGAUGGGGAUAAUGAUGUACGUGUUGAUGAUGAAACAGAACUGCUAUAA